ACUCAACAUGGCGGCUGCAAGUGAGAGAAAUGGAAGUGGGCAAAGCUUGGAAGAUCUCUUGGAUAACGAAGGCACAACAGCUGGAGCUCUCGUUUUGACCGCUUUUAUGACCACAGCAACUCAGCCACUAACAUGUGUUCGACUUCUGAUGCAGGUUGGACAUGAACCAAUUUCUCCAACUGAGUCCACAACAUUUUUAGGAACUAAGGUCCUGAGAUUACCAAGUUUUUUCCAGUAUGCAAGUCAUGUAAAGAAGAUAAAUGGAUGGAGGGGACUCUACAGAGGAUUGUUACCAAGGGUCUACUCAUCAAUGAUUGGAACUCUUGUAAACAAUACACUGCUGCAGGCUAUGGGUAAAAAAGACAAUGCCCUUGUCCCACUGGUUCCUCCAGAAAAUAAGAGCAGGCAAGAAGAAUUGUUAGAGUUUGUUGAGGAGACCUGUGUACAGACUGUGGCAAAAUGCAGUGGUAUCAUUAUCAGUCACCCAUUUUAUGUGAUCUCAGUCAGAAUGAUGGUUCAGUUCGUUGGUCAAGAAACUAUUUACAGUGGACUACGUGCAUCAGUCAAAGAGAUCUAUAACAAUGAAGGACUUGCUGGAUUUUUUAGUGGUAUCAUUCCUCGUCUUGUUGGAGAAGUCCUGUCCCUUUUGUUAUAUCGAGGAGCUUGCUUCUUGAUCAGCAAAUAUGCUAUUGACAGUGAGGUCAGCAGAAGAAAAGAAGUACAAGUGUAUACAAAUGGACUUUUCCAGUAUGCUGCUGGAGUUGCGACCCACCCAUUUGUGUUGGUUUCACACAUGAUGAUAGUCAAUAAUGUUGGCCUGGCUGGUGGAAAGCCUCCUGCAAUGCCAGUGUUUGAUGGGUGGAGAGAUUGUUUUAGUUAUCUGAAAAAAACGGGGAACUUGUGGCGUGGAUCUAGCAUGUUUCGAAGGACUGUUCGUAAAGUAUCAGGGAUGUAAAUUACAGGGCAGGCAAACAGCAGUGCAACUACAGACCAAGAAAUGCAAAUAAUACUAGCAAAAGAAUGUACAGUUAGACUGAAUUGUGAAGAAGUGUCAGUGCAUUACAUUGAAGUGCUUUUAGAUCUCUUAAUAGAAGUAGCCUUUGAUGAAUGCAAUCAGUGCAGGGUUCUAUUUUUGCCAUAAUAAUUAAGAGUAGUGAAGUGUAUGUUUUUUAUAGCUUUUGUUUUUGGGAACACUAGUAUAAUUGCCCUGAGAUCAAUGAGAAUUUGUGCAAACUUGUUGUGGUAGUAAAAAUUACAGUUUAAAUGUUA